AUGGAUGAUUUUCGGGUUGCAAUUGAUGAUUGUAGACUUGCUGACUUGGGGUUUGAGGGGCACAACUUCACCUGGACGAACAAACAAUCAGGCCAUGCUACUAUCCAGGAGAGACUAGAUAGGGUCCUCGGAACUGACCAAUGGAUGACACUCUUCCCCAACUAUAAAGUGCAACACCUUAUACGAAAAUCCUCCGACCAUUGCCUGAUCCUUCUUGAACUCUUCUCUGCGGAUUGUACCAAUCAAAGACGGAUUAAAGAAUGUGGGAAGGCACUCGAAAUUUGGGGAGAUACUCAUUUUGGAAAUAUCAAGCUUCAAAUCAGGAAGCUUAGGGAAAAAUUGGAUUUUGCACAAAAGCGACCUCCCUCGGAAUGCAAUAUGGCUGAACAAAAAGCUAUUGAAAUGGAGCUGGAUGGGCUGUUGGACAAGGAAGAGACUAUGUGGAAACAACGAUCACGAUGCCUCUGGUUAAACGAAGGUGACAAAAAUACAGCCUUCUUCCACAAGGUGGCGUCGGGACGCCAAAGGAGGAACCGUAUCAGAAGAGUGCUGAAUAAGGAUGGUCGUUACGUCUCAGGUUUUAAAGAGGUGGAGGAAGCUUUCCGGCUUUAUUUCCAAGACAUCUUCACAUCACAACCAGCCUCAAACAGGGAAGAGGUGUUUGCUGCGGUUGAGCCCACUGUCACGGAAGAAAUGAACAACCAUCUCACGAGGCCUUUCACAACGGAGGAGAUUACAGAGGCGCUCUUCCAGAUGCACCCGCUCAAAUCCCCGGGCCCUGACGGGCGGAAACUCAACAUUUACUUCAUGGGGCCAGAUUAUGCAGCACUGCUCCCUCCGUCUCGCACUUAUUCUUUGCCGAUGACUAUCAUUUUUGGAAGAGCACAUUUUCAAGAAGUUGAUCUGAUAAAACACAUUCUUACCAUCUAUGAGGCUGCAUCAGGUCAAAAAGUUAACCUCGAGAAAUCGGGCAUCACCUUCAGCAAGAAAAUACCUAGGGAGGUCACUUUUGAGCUCUCGGCGAGGCUUGGGGUGCGACACGCUGACUCCCAUGGAACCUACCUGGGCAUCCCGAGUACUAUUGGAAGAUCGAAGAGGGAGAUUUUCCAAAUGCUGGAAGAUAGAGUUAGGAAAAAAUCAAAAGACUGGAAACGCAGAUUCCUUUCGGCUGCCGGAAAAAGCAUUCUCAUUAAAACGAUAUUGCAAGCAAUCCCGGUGUACCUAAUGAGCUAUUUUCUAAUCCCGGAGCAUGUUUGUAAACGCCUCAACUCACUAAGUGCUCAAUUUUUCUGGGGGCAAAGGCACGAAGAACGACGUAUUCACUGGCGAAAUUGGAAAUCUCUUUGUCGCGCUAAGUGGGAUGGAGGCUUAGGUUUCAGGGACAUUUCGUGCUUCAACCGGGCUCUUCUUGCCAAACAGGCAUAG